AAGAAACGGGCACCUGCCAUUGACUUCUAACUGGAACGUUAACAGUUUAACAAACUUUUGGAUUGAUUGUAAUUUGUCACAACGGUUUAUUCGUCAGAUCUUUGAUGUUAUGAUAUCCAGGGUUAGUUGGUGAGGAUGGGACCUUUGCUGGUUUCUGUGGGUAUAUGGACCAUUCUACAAUUGAGUAACUAGGUCUACUGUAGGCGUACCUGGAUGUGAUGGAGGAGACCAGUUCUGUAUCUGUUAUUUGUGAUUUAUGCCUGAAACCUGUCUACAACUUUGCAGGCUCUAAACGGGAUCAAUAGCAAUAUAAAUAUGUAAAGACCAAUAUCUUGUCAUGUGAUAUCAACAAGAAACCGUGUGGAAUUUUUCUUUGUGUUUUUGUACAAAACUAGAAUGUGUGACCUUGACCUCUGUGUCUUUAAUGACCUUGACCUGUGUGACCUUUAAACUUUAAUCAUGCGGGAAGAGGAUAUGGAAACGGCCAUCAAGGUCGUUAUUGUAGGGAACGGAGCUGUGGGAAAGUCCAGCAUGAUCCAACGCUACUGUAAGGGAAUCUUCACCAAGGAAUACAAGAAAACCAUUGGUGUGGACUUUCUGGAGCGGCAGAUAGAAGUAAACAAUGAGGAUGUGAGACUGAUGUUGUGGGAUACCGCUGGACAGGAGGAGUUUGAUGCUAUCACCAAGGCUUACUAUAGAGGAGCACAGGCCUGCGUGCUGGCGUUUUCUACAGUUGACCGAGAUUCAUUUGAAGCUGUGGAAUCAUGGAAGAAAAAGGUUGAGGAUGAGGUAGGGGAGAUCGGGAUGGUCAUUAUCCAGAAUAAGAUUGACCUAAUCGAUGACACAGUGGUGAAUGAUGAAGAGGCAGAGGACCUAGCGAAGAGGCUGCGACUACGGUUCUACCGGACGUCGGUCAAGGAGAAUCUCAAUGUGGACGAGGUUUUCCGGUACCUUUCCGAGAAGUAUUUGGACCAAAUCAAUUGUGAAGUGGAAGAACCAGAGCCAAAAAUCUCCAUUGGACAAGGUUUAAUGGAUAGCGGAGGUAUAACUAAUCAUUCCAGGGAUAAAGACAGUUCAAAAAAUAAAAACAAAAAAACUGGAAAUGGUAAAGCUUCUCACAAACAUCGAUUUAAAAUGCGAAACGGUGAGGAUACCACAAUUAAACUGGAACCCAGCAAACGGAGGACACAGGGCAAGAAAGCAAUAGUGACUACAAAGUGUGUUAUAUUAUAGAACCAUGAUUGUAAAUGUUACUAAGGAAGUGAUAGACCUAUUGUACACCUGGAGUCUUCUGAUCAUGUGACUACAUCCAGGAGCCAAUCAAGAGAAGAGGUUCCUUCACAACGAGCUUCUGAAGUGUUCAUUGUUUGUGGACCAGUAACUCUACUCACUGUUUUGUUUCAAUGUAUUUUGUGAUUUGAAGUAUGUAAAAUGCUAUAGGUAUACGUACCGGUCGUAAAGUUCAAAUUAAAUAAUGCUGUAUGUAAAAUGCUAUAGGUACCGGUCAUCAAGGUCAGAUUAAAUAAUGCUGUGUGUAAAAUGCUAUAGAUACCGGUCAAUCAAGCUUGGAUUAAAUAAUGCUGUGUGUAAAAUGCUAUAGAUACCGGUCAUCAAGGUCAGAUUGAAUAAUGAUUUGUUCAAGCAGAUACCGGUCAUCAAGGUCAGAUUGAAUAAUGAUUUGUUCAAGCAGAUACCGGUCAUCAAGGUCAGAUUGAAUAAUGUUGUGCUUCAGGUCUUUUACAAAACAUUUAUUAUCACAUUCAGCAAAUCAUAGCAUUGGACCAAAUUGAAUUUAAAAAAAACAACACAGACUUUAAGUAAAGUAGACAAUAUGUUCCCCUGUUAAAAAAGACAACAUGUGAGACUAAAUUCAAAAUAACAUUGGUUAUAUGAACAAGGUUACACUUGUGCCGUGUUAUAAAUUACAUAAAAUUGUACCUGCAUAAAGUUCAGGGUGAAAAAUAAUGAGAAUCUGAAAGACAUUGUUUUCACCAUCAGUCACAAAAAAACUACAUGAUCUUGCUGUCACUCUUCCCAUGCCAACUUUUUGGCAAUAGUUUUAGUUUGGUUUUAGUAAACCCCAAACUCAGCAUUCUGACUUUGUGUGGUCAGAACAAGUCUUAAUGAGACUGACAGAUUUUACUCACUGAAAAAGUGUUCUUAACAAAAUUUACCUUAUAUAAUCACCCAAGUUGGAGUGUGUAAAAUGCCAAAAUUUUGUAGUUCCGAGCUUUAAAACAAAACUUACAAAAAGACAGCCUAACUUUCCAUAAUUGUGUUGCUUAAAUAGUCAGGAUUGAUAAUUACAUUUCAGAUUGUUAGUCACUUAAUAAAGAUAAAUAUUUGUGCCUAAACAGAAAGUUUGUUUUAGUAGAGAAAGAAAAAAAAGAAAGUAAUAUUACAUAAAACAACAUUUAUCCAGUUUUAAAUAGUUACCUUUUGUCAAAUGUGUAUCCGGCCAUUUUCUUUGAUUUUAUACAGAAUAAACAAACGUAAACAGAACUUGCCAGAAAAUACAAACAAAUCCUACCAAUGAUGUCUGUGCCAUUAUAUACAUAAACAUGCUAGAUAGCUAGGUUUUGUUGAUUUCUAACAUAGCCUGUAGGAGAUGUGUAUUCUUGCCUUUGUAAAUAGUAACUUGUCCUAAUGAACUAGCCACUAACUGUAACUGGUACGCCAGAAUUUUUUUUUCAAAGUUAGCUAUUACAAAAUUAUAGAAUAUUGUGUGUAUGUCAUUCCAACUCAGCUUUAUCACUUAAAAAUACUAGUUAAUGCUAAUGUGUAAAUAGGUCCUGUGUUUCUUGUACUCGAGUACAGAAUCUUGGAUGAUGUUAAGACCUGCUCAAAUACAACUUUAAGCUGCUGAUUAAGAACACAAGAUUUCAAGGAUUAAUUAUUAAACUGAUGUUCAAUCAUGAUCAGUUCAUUGGUUACUGAUAUAAAAUAGAUUUAUGUGAUUGUGCCUUUCUUUCUGAAAAAAAUGUAUUGAUGUUUUUUCAGUAGUUGACCGUCCAUUCCAAUAGGAAUUUUACAGAAUCUAUGCAAAAAACAUUUCUGUAAGAUCUGAUUUCUCUGUAGAUCUCUAUAGAUAUUAUCUAAUUGUUUACACGUUACGGCUAUAAUCUAUGUGUUCCACUGAGGGUUUGCUACAUAGUGCUCCAGUAUACUGACAAUGCUGAUACACAAGGCUGUGGCCAAGAUAGUUUGUAAUUUUUACAGAGGCUUAAAUCCUUAUAUAUGUUUAUUGUUGCUGUACUUAAUGUAGACUAUACAAACAAAUAUUUUACAUUGCUGUAAUUAAUAUACAUUAUACAAACAUGUUUGAUAUUGCUGUAAUUGAUUUACAUUAUACAAACAUGUUUCACAUUGCUGUAAUCAAUGUACAUUAUACAAACAUGUUUCACAUUGCUGUAAUUAAUGUGCAUUAUACAAACAUGUUUGGCAUUGCUGUAAUUGAUGUACAUUAUACAAACAUGUUUGGCAUUGCUGUAAUUGAUUUACAUUAUACAAACAUGUUUCCCAUUGCUGUAAUCAAUGUACAUUACAGUGAUGUUUAAACUAUUAUCUACCAGACAGAUUUCGAGUACUCAUUUAGAACUGUCAAAUACAAUUUAUACUAGACAUUUUUAGGUACAAGUUACUGGUGAUUUCUGCCAAAACCAUUGAAUUUGAUCAUGGUCCAGUUAGGACAUUCUAGAUUGUCUCCCCUGUCAGCCUUACAUUGUAGAACGUGUGACGGUUAUCUGCCCUUUGUAUGAUUGUACACAAUGUUGUGUAAAUGUUCUCGUUUACAAUAUUCUGAGAUCUUAUUACAAGGAUUCCCUGUUUACUUGUACAACGUUUAUAAAACCUAAAAGUGCAAUAUCUAUUUUUGAUCUGACACUGACUGAUGGUAAUAUCAGUUUAUUUUUUGUGUAUUUUGUAUCUCUGAUCAAAUGUUUUUAUUUUCAAUUUUAAUUUUGGUAUAUAUAAUUCUGCACAGAUUGUAGUGUAUCUGUCUGCUUUGGUGAAAUGUCAUUAUUUAUAGUAGCUAUCAAAUGCCUGGUAUUUUGUGAGAAAAAUCAUUUAUAGGAAAUUGAGUUAAUUUCACGGUCGUUGUAGUUAUCAAGUCAUCAAAUGAAUGAACUUUUUUUUAUUCUUCAUAGGUGAAUUCCUCAUCUUUCAUUUUAAGUGAUAUUUUAAUUGAAUCACAAACACCAUAGUUCUGUAUUGUGUAUUUACAUAUGUGCAUUGUCUGUACAUGUACUGAUGCAUGUAUUGUAUAUUGGUAAAGUCUAAACAGGAUGAAGUUGUUACAGUCGGUGUAAGACUUUCAAGGACGCCAAUAUUCCAGGGAAAUUCUGGCUAAUGUUAGAAAUAUUUUGGAUAAAUUUGUAAACCUGGAAGUUAUAAGUGAACCCGAGGGUAUAGUAGGGACAUAUUUUACAUUGACAAAGCAAACUUUUGUCUCCGACUUUCUUCCCUAAGGAGACUAAAUAUUAAUGUAGUAAUAAUGCAUGUGUUGUGAAUAAUGCAUGUGUUGUGCUGUUACAGCUAGUUUUAAAUAUGCUUUUAGAAAAAAAGAUGUCAGAAUCAGUUAACGUUCUAGAGAUAUUGGUAUAUUGUUUACAGUCGUACAUUCAAAUGAUCUGACAGCAGUUUUGGAUGCUAUGGCGACCUGAUAAAGACAGUUACUAUUGUGACAAGAGAGGUUGUGGUUGCUAUGAUGACUGACCCAAGAAGUUGUAGUUGUCAUGAUAACAAGAGAGAUGUUUUAGUCCCUGUGAUGACUUGACAAAAUUUGUAGUUGCUAUGGUGACAAGAGAAAGGGUGCAGUUGUUAUGGUGAUAAGAGAGAGGUAUAUAGUUUCUAUGGUGACAAGAGGUUGUAGCUGCUUUAGUCUGUUCCUGUGACAUGAUACGGGGAAGUGUCUCAGCUGUGUAGGCAUGUUAACAGUAGAACUGUAAUUAAUGGGAAAGGUUUUAAGGGUAAAAUGAAUAACAUCUGCGUUUUAGUUUAUCACAAAUUUCAGUCGGUCUUAUAUUUUCCUUUGUGACUGUACAGUUGUAAUUUUGUCAUACCAAUUUUUGUAGAUCCAUAUUAUCUGAGUGAUUUUUAUAUGUAAUAGAAUGAAAUAAACAAUAUGAACUCCA